AUGUCUUCGCGCAUCGAAUCCCUGGCCACCACUAUCACCGACUCAGCCCAACAAUUACAGACUAUGCUAGCGCAGCACGGAAUUAAGGAGCCCUCAUUUUCGGCCACCUGCCCUCCAUCCCUGGCACUGCCCCCGCCCGUCGAGGCCGCACGCAACGCUCUCCUGCACACCGCGAUAAAGCACACCCACCUCAUCACCCUGCACUUCAUCCAAGAAUUCAAUAUCACGCACCUCGUCCCUCCCAAUAGAACAAUCUCAUUUGCAGCUCUAUCCACACAAUACAAUGUCCCCGAAGCCGACGUCCGGCGCCUCAUCCAUCACGCCAUGACCAUCCGCGUUUUCAACAAGCCUGCCAAGAAUGAAGUCACUCACACACGUGCCAGCAUACUCCUGCGCCAGGAAGAUUUUCAUGACUGGAUUAGGUUGACCUGCACAAAUAACUGGCCCGGCGCGACAAAAGGCUUCGCCCUAGCCAACAAUGGCCUGGCGCUCUACAACAUCCUCUCACAGUCACCCACCCGCACCACCACCUUCGCGGCCAGCAAGCGCGGCUACAUCUCAGGGACUGCCAUGGGCAUAACACCGCUGGUCACAUCCAUCCAGCCGCUCCUUUCCACACUCCCGGCAGACAGCGUAGUUGUCAACAUCAGCGGCGCGCAGGGCGACAUCAGUUUCGCGCUGCUGCGCCCGGCACUGUGUCCCGGGGUGCGCGUGCUUAUCCAUGACCACAUUCUUGAGCCAUACCCUGCCCAGGAGCCUAUGUGGAAGCGUAGACUCACUAGUAACAUGGACGUGAAUAUACUGCAGUUGCUCAAUACGCGCGAGAGGGACGAGGCGCAGUGGCACGGGUUGCUGCAGGAGGCGGAUGAGCAAUUCCAGUGGGUUGGGGUCCAGCGGGUGGAGGGGAGCGCGUUGGCGGUUGUGGAGGUGGUCUGGAUGAAUGAUUACUGAUAGCCUGAUAUGAGUAGCACUGAUUAAAAGCAGGAAUAGUCCGGUUUGCUUCCGUAGUACGGAGUAA